UGCUCACGGUCGACUCAACCAACCACCAGACGUCCGCCUGAUCGGCCAUGUCACGAUUCACAUCACCAUAUCAAUCUUCACUGCCAAAGCGCAGCAAAUCGAUUCUGUCCGAUCUGUCUGUAAAUUCAGACGUAUCAACGCAGAGCUUUUCAAUCCCUGGCAUUCGUGGGCCACCUUCUUCGCUUUUUUCAAGAUUGUCAAGUAUUCGAAAACAAGAACGUCCCACAGAAGUUCCUUCAAGCAGUCCCAUUCGAUCAUCCACACCGGCUUCCUCAUCAGUUCAAGAUGUCCAGACCUCAACCAACAUGCUCAGCAAUCCUGAAAAGCCAUGGAUUUGCGCUAUUUCUGAAGGUAAAUCCACAGGUAAAGAGUUGGGAAUCGCAAUGAGAAACAUAGAGACUGGACACUGUUUUUUAAGUCAGUUUGCUGACACUUCGAUGUAUGGUCAUCUGCAACAUAUGCUUGACACAAGACCAUGUAGUGUGGUGCUCUUGCCAAGCUCGCAGCAAGCUAAGAAGCAUUUUUCGAUUCAAACACAAAUGAAAGAGGAUCCACUUCGAAAGAUGUUGAAGCAAUCUCACGACUUUUUCGUUGCUGACGUUCCAAGAAGAGAUUUCGAUCAAAAUCUGGGACUGCAACAUUUGGAUAGAUUGGUCUCAGUCGCAAGCAUCGAUGGUCAGUCCAGUAGUGCAAGAGAAACCGUCUUUCCAAGUGUCGUGACUUUGGCGGCAGUUUCUCAAAAGUACUAUGCCUUGAGCGCAUUCUCAGCUUUGGUCUCGUAUAUCGAAGGCAGCCUUAGCCAACAUUUGGAGCCACACACAGUGUUUAUCCAAUAUGUUCCUCCCGAAGGUACCGUGUUGAUCGAUUUUCACACAGCCAAAGAUCUGGAACUCGUUCGUAAUGCGGUGAACAAUAAGCAAAUGGGAUCUUUGAUGGGCAUCUUAAACUUUUGCAGUACAAGAAUGGGCGAGAGAUUGUUGCGUAUGAAUAUCCUACAGCCGUUGUCAGAUCCAAACACAGUGGAAUUUCGACUUGAGGCCGUACAACAGCUAAGCCUCAAUGCAGAACAUUUUUACGACCUUCGCCAAAGCUUGAAACCUUUCUCCACCAACAAAAUCGAUUUUGACAAAAUCAUAGCACAGAUGCUCAUCCCGAGCAAAGAGACGGUCAAAGGAGAGGCAAGAGCAGUUGAAAAUAUGAUUAAGAUCAUCAUCCAAUUAUGGUCGUCAUUGAUGUGUUUUAAAGGGGUGCACAGAUUGUUGCACGAGAUGAACAUCGAUGCAGUGCUUCUGCAAACGAUUGCUCCGAUUCUAAGCAAUCAACAUCUGGAUACCAUCAUUGCAAAGAUCGAAGAAUGCAUCGAGAUGGCAGUGCUUAAUGGUACUGCAAAGUCAAACGUUGCGUCCAAAAAUGCCCGAUUGCUUUCUAUCAAGACAGGAAGUAAUUCGGUUCUCGACGCUGCUCGUCGAACUUACACGGAAAAUACGGCCGAUGCACUCAAUCUCUGCAAUGAGCUUAAGGAAAAGUAUCAACUUCCUUUGAAACCCGUAUUUCUGAAUGGAGUCAGUACAGGCUACGGGCUAGAAAUGGCAUCCGGCAAUAUCAAACUACAGAAUCUGCCACGAGAGUUCAUCACAGUUUCGAAGAAGAGAAACGGAAAAGUGAUUUCGAUGACGACAGUUGAUCUGAAAAAGAUCAAUCAAAGAAUUCAAGAUUCUUCCACAGAGAUCUUUUUGAUUUCGAGAGAUAUCGUCGAAUGUCUCCGUUUGGAAAUUCUGCGGGAAGUGGGAAAUCUUUAUUUGGCAUCAGAAGCCAUUGCACUUGCGGAUGUGAUCCUCUCUUUGACGCAGUACACCAAGUCAGGUAACAAUGUUCGACCUUCAUUCGGUGAAAAGAUUUCUAUCACUGAAGGGCGUCAUCCAUUGUUAAGUGAUUCUGAAGCUGAAGGGACAGUUCCGAACGAUACUGAUCUGGGGCAAGACAAGACGUUCGUGCUAUUGAAUGGGCCGAACAAUAGCGGCAAGACGACUUACUUGAAGCAGGUAGCGCUACUUACCAUCAUGGCCCACGUCGGCUGUUUUGUGCCUGCCGCAUAUGCUUCCAUCCUUCCCGUGAAACAAAUCUUCUCUCGUCUGUCAAAUCGGGAUGAAGCGGAGGCAAAUCUUUCAACUUUUGCGAGUGAGAUGAAGACCAUGGCGCAAAUUAUUGAGUCUGCUGGCCCGGAAAGCCUUGUGCUCAUUGAUGAAUUAGGCAGAAAUACGAGCACACAUGAAGGUAUCGGAAUGGCACACGCAAUUUCCGAAGUAUUGAUUUGCAAUAGAGUUCCUACCAUCUUUGCGACACAUUUCGUUCAAUUGAACGCAACGCUUUCACCGUACCCCGCCGUUCGAGUACAACAAUUUUCAAUCGAGGUCAACACAAGCCAGGCGGGCGAUAAUCUCAUCUUUCAACAUAAGUUGUCCGCGGAAGGGUACGAAUGCCAACACUACGGUAUUGCAUUGGCCAAGAUGUGCCAGUUGCCGCAAGACAUUUUGCGAGAUGCAGAGGAGAUUGCAAAACGUCUCCAAAAAUCACAGAGCACGAAAGAAGAUGAAGGCGAGAAUCGAACGAAUGAGAUGAUGAAACGAAAGGAUAUCAUUUCAAAGGUAUGUCACUGGUUCACGUAUUUUUAAGAGAAAAUAUUUCCAUUGGAUGCUGACUUUCGUAAAAAUUCCCUGAUCUCUAGGCCUAUGAUCGAUUGCAAUCAAUUGUGGAGAAUUCAGGAGGCAAAUUUCCGUUUGAAAUACGAGAUUUGCUAGCGAAAGAGCAACAAAGAUGUAUUUUGGCAAUCGAUGAUAGCUUUACAAGACCGGAUCAUCUGCACGAUUUGCAAAUGGAAGAUGACGAUUCAAUGGUAGAUUUCGAUCGAUUCACCAUUCAAGACACACUAGAAGCAGCGAUGGAUGUAGGUUGGGGCUCCUCAAGUAGCUGAUCUUCCCUUUCUCUGACGAAUACUCUCAUGUGUAUAUACCAUGUCGGUUGAUCCUAAUACCAUUGCA